AAACCACGUCACGUCACUAUCCUUCCCUUGCAUCAUGCUAAUAUGAGCAAAGGCCUGUUUCAAAUUGACUAGUUCGGAGGCCUGGAGCAGCAGCAGCAGCAGCAGCCAGCAAGCACGAUGAGAAGAGAGCGGAGAUAUGCUAGUGGUAGUUAAUCCAUCUGUUCCCCCACAGCAUCCCACAAGGCCGCCGGAGUCAGGUACAAGAAGCGGCCAGCGCCAGCGGGGUCGUGCCGGCUGCUUCCUGGAAGCUGCCGUUGACCCCAGAGGGAUAUCAGGUAGGUAUCCUUCCUAACCGUUGCGGCUGCGGCUAGCAACGAUCUACGGAGCCAUGUCGCCCACCCCGGCGCCCAGCGGCGGCGAGGAGUUCACGGAGGUGGUGGUGGUCCGGCACGGGGAGACCUCCUGGAACGCCUCCCACAUCGUCCAGGGACAAAUGGACCCAGAGCUGAAUGAGAUCGGUAGACAGCAAGCUGUUGUGGUAUGGUUCAUUUGCUUAAACAGUAAUUCAGAAAUGAUUAUUGUUUGCAGUUCCAUGUCUAGCAUUAACAUUUUUGUAAAAAUUCUGGUGAAACUUGUAAGUUGGCUCGUCGGCUGUCAAAAGAAGCCAAACCAGCUGCCAUAUAUUCCUCUGAUUUGAAGCGUGCUGCUGAGACUGCAUAAAUUAUAGCAAAAGUUUGUGAUAUCCAGAUGUUCUCAGAGGCUUUGAUAUUUUUAAAAUUACUGAGGGCUCUGAUCCUGAUAGCAGAAACCAAGAAAUACCGGUAAGUUUGCAGCUUAAUUUGUCUAGACUGAAAUGGCAACUGGUGACAUGUAAUGUACUGUUACAGCGUCAUGAAACCACUAGUGUAUAUCGUUGCCUGCUUUUAAUUUUGUGAAAUUGGUACUGAAAAAUCGGAAUAUAGGUGCAUAAAUAGCCUUGUUUUCUUUUUGGCACUUGCAAGUUACAACGGGCGCCGUAUGCCUAUUCAGACCUUUAAUUGACUUAAGCUACAUGAAUAACCGUGGCAAUAUUUCUAGCCUGCUGUUGCUAGCUACAUUGUUCAAACGGCAUAAGUUUCGCUAAGCUCCUUGUCCCAAUGAUAAACCCAUGUGAUUCUGUACUUCACUAUGAAGAGUUUAUCGACACUUGUAUUGAUGUUCAGGGUGGUGGAGAGAGCCUGAAUCAGUUAACUGAGCGCUGCGUCUCCUACUUGAAUAAGAUUGCUCAGGAACACAUAGGAGAGCGGGUUGUGGUGGUCUCCCACGGUGCAGCCAUACUGGAGAUGUCCUGGCACACUGAUCCUCCCAACAGCCCGAUCCGCAGGAACAUUCCCAAUACUUUACUGAAUGUUUUCCGUGUGUCAAGCGUCACUGGACAUUGGAUCCUUGAGAGGUGUGGAGACGUUAGCCAUCUCAACGGAAAUGGCUUCCUGGAGAACUCAUUUGGCGGAAACGGGGCCUCUGCGUAACUCUCGUGCAUGCAGUGAGGGUACAUGGCGAUGGAGUCAACACAAUCUUCGUCAGAGAUUUAGGCACGUGCUAGCUGAAGAUUUCCGUGCUUUUCUAUAUUUUCUUCUGCAUGCACUCUAGUAGUAUAACUUGUGUGUGUGUAUGUGUGAUAUCAUGAACAAGAGCACCCAGGAACUGCAAUUGCCUUUGUUUUUCAUCCUUGGAGAACCAAUCAUCAGCAAGCUCAAGCUGGUAGAGCAAACUUGGAUGGAUGAUUUGGCGCAGAAACUAGUGUUUCUUUGUUAAUUGGCAUGUCAUCAUCUUCGAUCUUAAAGUAACGAGACAAGACGAGAUUAUGGUCAAAUCUGAAAAUUAAGAAUACAAUAAGAACGGAAGGCAAUGGAUUCCCCACAAGGCCACAAGGUUCUGUGGCAUCAUAAAAGCACAAGACAGCGGGUUCCUGGAAGCUGCACGUUUGCUGCUAACCCAUAUUCUUAUUCCCCUGAUCCCCUCCCUGCAGCGAGUUGACACCGAGUGAGCAAUGUCUCCUGCAUCGCCUCACGGCGAGCACUUCACGGAGGUGGUGGUGGUGCGGCAUGGAGAGACGUCGUGGAACGCCUCCCGCAUCAUUCAGGGACAAAUGGAUCCGGAGCUGAAUGAGACUGGUAAACAGCAAGCUAUCAUGCUUGCCCGUCGGCUGUCCAAAGAAGCCAAGCCAGCUGCUGUGUACUCCUCUGAUUUGAAGCGCGCUGCCGAGACUGCACAAACUAUCGCAACAGCUUGCCAUGUAUCCAAUCUGGUGUUUGAUCAGUCACUGAGAGAAAGGCACAUGGGAGAUCUCCACGGUUUGAAGUUUGAUGAUGCCGUCAGUACCAAGCCUGAAGCUUACAAGGCUUUCUCAGCCGAUGACAGAAACCAAGAAAUUCCUGGUGGUGGGGAGAGUCUUGAUCAGCUUUCCGAGCGCUGUGUUUCCUACUUGAACACGAUAGCUGACAAGCACAAGGGGGAGCGGGUGGUUGUGGUCUCCCAUGGCGCCGCCAUAGAGGAAAUCUGCAGGCACGCCGAUCCAACGAUGACAUUGGUUCGCAGAAGAAUCCCUAACACUUCAAUCAGCGUGAUCCAUAUUUCGGGUGAGAACCGCCAUUGGAUCCUCGAGAAGCUCGGGGACGUCGGCCACCUCGAUGAAGAUGGCUUUCUGCAGAGUGCAUUUGGUGGUGAUGGCGCCUCUGUGUAAUCGUCUGUAUGCCGCGAGGCAAGAAAACAUGCUGCUCUGCUCUUGUUCGUACGGCAAUACAAUCGGCUACCUCGAGUCCUUGAUACGGUUGAACAUGCCUCCAUUCUUCCAUUACUACAAUGCUCUCACUUGUCAGUGCAAUGAUAAUGAACUUGUAUAGAAAGUCCUCUAUGGGUAAACAAUACCACACUGAAAUUUGAAGCAUUGCACUGCUGCUUGUAAAUGCCUGCUCAUAGGCAGUUGCGAACGUAACUCUGAAGUGUAAAGUGUUUGAUUCUACCCUAAUAACGCUGGCAUGCUGCUUCUGCAUCGGCA